AUGCCGCCCUCUCAACUGAAGCAGUUAAAGGCUUCAUUGCGAGAUAGCGGAGUUAUUCGACAACCGCAGUCAAAAAAGAAACGUCGUCAAGAUGAAAAGGACAGCGUCAAAGCACGGCAAUCUCGUGUCCAGCGAAAUGCGACGUUGGCAAAGAUUCGAGAGCAGUUUAAUCCCUUUGAAAUAAAGGCGCCGUCGCGGAAUGCGAAGUUUGAUGUUACAACGCGCGAUGGAUCGUUGAAGGCGGGGAAUUUUGCUCGACCGGGAGUUACAAAGUCUUUGGGAGAGGAGCGAAGACGAGAAACAUUACUCAAAGAACUACACUCGCGCAAUAAGAUCGGUAGUAUUAUGGAUCGACGAUUCGGUGAAAAUGAUCCUACGAUGACACCUGAAGAAAGAGCGGCGGAGCGUUUCGCCCGUGAAAGCCAGAGGAAAAUGCGCAAAGAGAAUAUGUUCAAUCUGGAAGAUGACGAUGAAGAAGAACUGGAGUUGACUCACGGCGGACGUUCGUUAUCGUUUGGUGAUGCUGUUGCUGGUGACGAUUUUGCCGAGAAUGAUAUCAGCGGUGAGGAAUCUUCUGAAGAUGAAGAGUCGAGUCGGAAACGGAAACGUGCGUUGGCUACCGAGGACGAGGUUGACGAUAUGGAGGGGAUGGCGUCUGAGGAUGAUGAAGCCGAUAAGGAAACGGAGCCGCUGCGAAAGAAGACCAAAGCUGAGGUUAUGAAAGAGGUCAUCGCCAAGUCGAAGCUAUACAAGUACGAGCGACAAAAGGCCAAGGAAGACGAUGAUGACUUGCGAGCGGAGCUUGAUAAAGGUCUACCGGAAAUAUUCGAUCUGAUGCGUGGCGUUAAGCCUGCGCCGUCGAAGCAGCCCGAGGCUCCAAAGGAAGAUGCUGCGAUGAUGAAUCCGGAUAGAGCUGCUCUUUUGAACGGAAAGGAUAGGACCGAGGCAGAUAUUGAAUAUGACAAACGACUCAAACAAAUGGCCUUUGAUAAGAAAUCAGCGCCUACAGAUCGUACCAAGACUGAAGAAGAGAGGGCACAAGAAGAAGCCGAGAGGCUGAAACGGUUGGAGUUGGAGAGACUGCGUCGUAUGCGCGGUGAUGAGGACAGCGAGUCCGAAGCUGGAAGAGACGAGGAUGAACAAGAUGAGGAGGAAGGUGCUGAUUUCAUACCAGAUGAUGCCAAGGCGUUUGGUUUGACUUCCGCAGUCGAAACCGAACCUCGUCGUGAACUAGAUGUUGAAGACGAGGAUGACUUUAUUAUCGAUGACGACCUUGUAGAUAUGGAUUCAAAUGCAGACCUCUCCUUUGAAGAGAGUGACGAGGAGAUGGGAGGUCUUGAAGAUGAGGAAAGCGAGGACGAAGGGCUCAUGGAUGACGAGUUCACCAAAUCGCUCAAGAACUUGGUAGGAACGCAGUCUGGUAGUAAUGACGUGCCGACUACUGGAAAGAGUACAGAUGCAUUGGCAUAUACAUAUCCCUGUCCUCAGACUCACGACGAGUUUCUGGCUAUCUUGAAAGAUACAACAGCAAGAGAUAUACCGGUGAUUGUUCAGAGGAUCCGAGCUUUAUAUCACCCACGAUUACACAGCGACAAUAAGGUGAAAUUGGGUGUCUUCUCAAAAGUCCUUGUUGAACAUGUGGCUUAUAUGGCCAAUCAACACGGUUCAGAGACGUUUAAUAUCGUUGAGAACCUCCUUCGACAUAUUCACUCUAUGGCCAAGACUAAUAGUGAACCGGUAGCUCAUGCGUUCCGAGACCAUCUUCGCAGGAUGGCAACUGAGCGUCCUCUGAGUCUUCUUCCUGCGGAUCUAGUGAUAUUAACAGGAGUGAUGACUGUGUUUCCAACGUCAGAUCAUUUCCAUCCAGUUGUUACUCCUGCUAACCUGUGCAUUGCACGAUAUCUCGGUCAGAGUACUGUCAGUGGCGCACCUGAUCUGGUGGCGGGAGCGUACCUCGCUACAUUGGCAUUGGAAUAUCAAACUCUCGCAAAGCGGUAUAUGCCUGAGUUCGUGAAUUACUGUCUCAAUGCAUUGUGUCUUCUUUCGCCGACGCCGGUCUCACAACAAGUAGGGUUUGUCUUGAUGCGCGAGUCGAAGGAAUCAUUGCGACUUAAGUCCUCAUCAAUUGACAGUGAUAUUCACAGGAUUGGAUUCUGGGAUAUUAUUGCCGACGAUGGAACUGCAUCAUCGGAAGACCUGAAGAUCAACCUGAUCAACACCUUCAUAUCAUUACUCGAUGCAGCCGCCGAUCUCUGGAGCGACAAAUCCGCCUUUACAGAGACAUUCACACCCGCUAAAAGCAUUCUUAAACAUCUCAAGAAAUCCUUUGCUAAAUCCGCCUCCUCAAAACCACUAUCAAUCCAACUCACCACAACCCUCCACAAACUCAACACCCACCUAACCCAAUCCCACCACCACCGUCGGCCCUUACUCCUCCACAACCAUCGCCCCUUAGCAAUCAAACAAUCCAUACCCAAAUUCGAAGAAGACUUCAACCCCGACAAACACUACGACCCGAACCGUGAACGCGCAGAACUCAACAAACUCAAAGCCGAGCACAAACGGGAACGCAAAGGAGCAAUGCGCGAGUUGCGGAAGGAUGCAAACUUUGUGGCGCGUGAACAGUUGCGUGAGAAGAAGGAAAAGGAUGCGGCGUAUGAGAAGAAGUAUAGACGACUUAUUGCUGAGAUUCAAGGUGAGGAGGGGAGAGAGGCGAAGGCUUACGAGAGGGAGAAGAAGUGGAGGCAGGGGAAGAAAUAAUCCUGUCGUUGAGAAUUUGGGUGUACAUAAGUUUCUGGUUUAUAGGCAUGCAUACAGUUACAACA